UCCAACACCAUGUCCUUGUUGUUUAAGCAGACAAAAGGGUGUGUUGGGGCUCAAAGAGGUGGACGCUGAUUCAGUAUUGAAGAUUCUGUAUCCUUCUAUAAUUAAGAAGAGCUUGGAGUUCCUCUUCUUCUUCUCUCUCUCUCUCUCUCAACCUCUACCUCUAUCUCUCUCUCUUUGCUUGUGCUCAGCUUCUCUUACAGAAUCAUGGAGAAAAAACGUCAGAAAAUUGGAGAAAGCAGUGGAACAAAAUUUGAAGGAAUCAGUGAUAAGAAAUCAGAAAGGUUUAGAAGGAUAUGUGUUUUCUGUGGAAGUAGAGCAGGGAAAAGGCCUUCUUUCAGUGCUGCAGCUCUUGAGCUUGGCAAACUACUGGUUGAUAGGAAGAUAAAUUUGAUUUAUGGUGGUGGGAGUAUAGGUCUCAUGGGUUUGAUUUCUCAAACAGUCUUUGAUGGUGGCUGUCAUGUCUUAGGAAUUAUACCAAGAGCCUUACUACCUCAUGAGAUUUUAGGAGAAACUAUUGGAGAAGUUAAGACAGUUGCAGACAUGCAUGAGAGAAAGUCAGAAAUGGCUAAACAUGCUGAUGCUUUCAUUGCCCUUCCAGGUGGGUAUGGGACAAUGGAGGAGCUGUUAGAAAUGAUAGCUUGGUCACAGCUUGGAAUACAUGAAAAACCUGUGGGAUUAUUGAAUGUUGAUGGCUACUACAACAGUCUUUUAGCAUUGUUUGACAAAGGAGUUGAAGAAGGCUUCAUAGAGAGCUCAGCAAGGCAUAUUGUGGUUUCAGCAGAGACUGCAGGGGAGCUCAUUAGAAAAAUGGAGAAUUAUGCAGCAAUUCAUGACAGUGUGGCACCCAGACAAAGUUGGCAAGUAGACCAAUUAUUAGAGUCUCCCCCUACUGAUCAUACUCCCAAGACUUGAAAUUACUAAGUAUUUUAUAUGCCUUUGUGUUCAAAUAGCAUAUAUUUUGUCAGUAAUUUAUGGAGAAAUAGUCAAAAGUACAUGAUUUUGGAAGGAUUUAC